AUGGGUAUGCUGCGACUACCAGUAAUGGCUGAAGAUGGCAGUUGGGUUUUAGCCAACAUUUUUAUCGACGAAGGAAGCGACACGACUUUAAUGCGUAGUGCAUUCGCCAAGGUGCUGAAGCUUCGUGGGCCACCUCAGUUUCUAACCGUGGACGGAGCCGGUGGAGUAAUCACUCGUCAUCGUUCGAGUAGGAUCCAGUUUCGAGUUCAAGCUGCUGAUGGAGAUAUCCUGUCUCUGGAAGGAUCCACUAUGAAGAAGGUGGCUAGUCCAACACCGGUGACAGACUGGAAUAAAGAAAAGGUCCAAUGGCCUCACCUGGCGAGUCUCCCGCUCGGAGAGACAGGAGGAGGAGUUGACAUUUUAGUUGGAUUAGAUCAUGCCCAUCUAGUAGCGGUCAUUGAAUCAAGAGUCGGAUUGGAGAAAGAACCUAUUGCCUCCAAGACGGCGUUCGGGUGGAUCGUUCGAGGCGUUAUUGAAGGUCGAGUAAACGUUACAUCCGUUCGGAGCUGCAAGAUAUCCGGAAGCGCCUCGUUAGCCAAUCUCGCCACGGAAAUGCGUCGGUUUUGUGAUACUGAAGACUAUGGAACCGAACAUCAGAUUGGGUGUGUCUCACCUGAGAAUAAACGAGCUCUCGAGAUCGUCCAGGAGAAGACGAAACGAUUGGAGGUUGGUUACGAGGUACCAAUCAUCUGGCGUGAAGGAGAGCCCAACUUGGACAGCAAUCGUCCGAUGGCGGAGAAUAGAUUCCGGAGCUUGCUGAACCGUUUCAGACGUCAACCGGAGUUCGAGAGGGACUAUCGAGCGGCCAUUCAGAAAUACCUAGAUCAAGGUUAUGCAUCCCGUGUUCCAGAUCCGGCCAGCGCUCUAUACUUUCUAGCACAUCAUGGAGUAUAUAAAGGGACGAAACUACGAGUAGUUUACGACGCCGCCGCCGCCUUCAAAGGAAAAUGUCUGAACGACGCCAUCAUCAGUGGUCCCGCCUUGCAGCCAUCAUUGGCUGCGGUCAUCAUCCGUUUCCGUGAAGGAGAGAUUGCCUGGGCCUCAGAUAUUGAGGCCAUGUUCAGCCGUUUUCGUCUUUCUAGUGAAGAUCGUAACUACUUCUGCUUUUUAUGGCAGGAGAAGGACGCUGCCGAGCUAAUUGUUUGUCGAAUGGAUCGACUCCCAUUCGGAGUCAACUGUUCACCGUUUGUAGCUAUCUACACCGUCCGUCGCAUUUUAGAAGACGCCGGAGUGCCAGAAAGUGUGAUUCAAGCCGUCAAGGAAAGAAUGUACGUCGACGACUAUUUGGGUUCCGCUCCAUCAGUAAAGGAAGCAGUUGAAGAAGCCGUUACCGUCAAGGAUGCAUUGGCCAACUCGGACCUUAACCUCCAAAGCUGGUUUUCAAAUUCCAUUGACUUCCUGCGAGCAGUGUCAAGAACGGAGCCGGAACCUGAUUCAAUCUCUGCUCAUCCGCUCACGGGUGAGAACACAGAAAAGGUGCUCGGAAUCGUCUGGGAUCCAAAGGCUGAUCUGCUGGGAUUCAAGGUGGACAAAAUGCUCGAUUCUUCCUUUUCAAGAGUUGAUUUGGUCAGCAAAGUGGCCAGCGUCUUCGAUCCGUUGGGUACAGCAUCGCCCUUUAUCGUCAAGGCUAAGAUCCGUUUGAGAAUUUUGGGUCUCAAAGGGCUCGGAUGGACGGAUUUAAUUACUGGUGACGACGAAAUUUGGUGGAGAAAAUGGUUUCUCUCUUUAGAGCAGCUCAACACGAUGAAAAUGCCACGAUGUCUGUUUCCCGAUCGAGCCCAGAUCUCCACGGUUGAUAUUCACGCCUUUGGAGACGCUUCGGAAGAAGCCUAUGCUGCCGUUAUCUACCUUCGCGUUGUCUACUCAGAUGGCAGGAUACUGGUACGUCAAGUCAAGGCAGCGAAUAAGAUCGCCCCGAAGAAAACUAUUUCAGUUCCCAAGCUGGAAUUGAAUGCUGCGUUACUAGCUGCUCGUCUUCUCCGAACGGUUCAUUCCAUCCUCAAGCCAAUGAUUCAACGGCGUUUUCUCUGGACGGAUAGCAGUACGGUCCGGAAUUGGAUCCGGGCGACCGCAGCUUACUACCAAGUCUUCGUGAGCAAUCGCGUCGGAGAAAUUCAGACCAUCACGGAGCCAGAAGAGUGGCGUUUUAUUCCAGGAGUAUUAAACCCAGCCGAUCUCGCCACCCGCUCAUCGAUUGAUGAACAGCCAAUUCCGUCCAUGUGGUUGUACGGACCGGAAUUCUUAAUGCAAUCGGAAGAUAGCUGGCCAGUGGAUCUCCCAUGGAUGGCCGUAACUGAAGAAAUGCGCUCGAGCCGUUCAUAUUCUGCCGCCGUAAAGAAGGAUACUGGUCAUUGGAAGGAGAUUCAAAUAGGACCCGGCGACAUUCCAGCCCUAUCCAAGCUGGACGAGAAAUAUCAGGAGCUGGUCAAGGCGUGUCAGUCGAAGGUGUACGAAAAGGAGUUGCAUCGUCUCAAGAAGGGCAAACCGCUCCAUUCUACUUCGAGUCUGUUGGCCUUGGCUCCUGUGCUCGGUCCAGAUGGCGUGCUACGGCUUGGAGGACGGGCUGGACGCGCAAAACUACCAUACGACCAGUUACAUCCACCUCUGCUUCCCGGGAGUCAUCCAUUCACCGAGAAAAUCAUCAUCGCCUUUCAUGAACAUCUUAAGCAUGUUGGUACGGACUUCCUACUAUCUUAUAUUCGCCAGCAUUUUUGGAUAACGAGCGGGCGAGAAGCAAUAAAACGGAUCCGACGGAAUUGCGUUAUUUGUCGAAGAAACCGAGCGCAACCUGGCGAGCAGUUGAUGGGAGAUCUCCCCGAUUCGCGAUUGGACUCCGGUUCUCUUCCCUUUACACGGACCGCCGUCGAUUUGUUCGGCCCAUUUGAAGUCGGUCUCAUUCGGAAUCGCACGGCCAAACGAUGGGGCGUGCUAUUUACGUGUAUGGUCACCCGAGCAGUUUUUCUGGAGCUCGUCCCAUCUCUUUCGACGUCAGAUUUUCUUCUAGCAUUGAGAAAGUUCAUUUCUUUGUAUCGAAAGCCGGAAGUCAUACAUUCCGACAAUGGAACAAACUUUGUCGGUGCUGAGCGAGUGUUACGAGAAGCAGUGGAGAAAAUGUAUGCAGAUGAAGCUAUUCCAAAAUUCCUAAAAGAAGUCAACAUCAAAUGGACCUUCCAGCCAGCCCAGACCCCACAUUUUGGUGGCACGCACGAAUCGCUGGUCCGAUCCACCAAACGAGCCCUGUGCAACGCCUUAGAGCAAGAAGGGGACAAAUUUCGUUACCCAACAGAAGACUUGUUCCGCACAUUGCUGUAUGAAGUAGCUGGACUUCAAAACCCCCGGCCGUUGACCUACGCUAGCUCGGAUCCGGAGGAUUUUCGUCCGCUCACUCCGAACGAUUUCCUAAAUCGGCCGCCGACGUCAUAUCCACCUGCUGGAUCCUUCGACGAUGCUUCGCCUCGAGAGCACUAUCGCUACCUGCAGCGGGUGCUAAAUUUGUUUUGGAGCAUGUGGAAAACUACGUAUUUGCAGUCGUUAGCUGCAAGAAAGAAGUGGAAGAUCAAGCGUCCAAAUCUGGAAGUGGGCGACGUCGUAUUGGAGAUCAACAAGAACUUCCGGCGUGGAGAGUGGAGUAUUGGACACGUCGCCAAGGUAUUCCCAGGCACAGAUGGAUGUGUUCGAGCUGUCGAUAUUCAACUUCCAACCGGAAUCUUUCGCCGAGGAAUAACUGAACUUUGCCUACUAGAAUCCAGCUCGUCCGUCCAACCGGACUCGGGGGAGAAUGAAUCGGCGAAAUCUGUAUUAUUACAAUCUGGCAACGUCUAA